ACGUUGAAUGAAUUGCAAAAGAGUUUUAUUCAUUUGUUGAAUAACUUUAAACGCUCGAUUAACUGAUAAUAAAAAAAUAUGUCUUCGGCUAAGAUUGAGUUUGAUGUACAAAUGUCAUGUCAAAAAUGUGUGGAUGCAAUUGAAAAGGUACUAAAUAAAACAGAAGGAAUCAAUCGGUUUGAAAUAUCUCUCGAACAGGGUUCUGUGAUAGUGGAUACUAAUUUACCUUUCUCUCAAGUACAAGAAACAAUAGAAACUACAGGUAGAAAAGCAGUACUGAAAGGAUAUGGAGAAAAUGAUGUCAGUGCAGUAUCAAUGCUAGGAGGAAAUUCUGGUUAUAGUUAUGGGGAAAAUAUUAAAGGUGUUGUUAGAUUUGUUCAAACAAAAGAAGGAUGCUUAGUUGAUGGAACAAUUGAUGGAUUAAGUACUGGACCUCAUGGUUUGCACGUGCAUGAGUGUGGUGAUAUUUCAAAAGGAUGUGAAAGUGUAGGUGGUCAUUUUAAUCCCAACAACACCCAGCAUGGAGGACCCAAUGAUUUACCGAGUAAUAGGCAUGUAGGUGAUUUAGGAAACAUUAAUGCUGAUAAUGAUGGAAGAGCCACAUUUAGAUUAGUAGACAAGCUAUUAAAUGUUCAUGACAUUAUUGGAAGAUCUUUGGUAGUGACUGAAAAAGCAGAUAAUCUAGGUAGAGGUGAUACAACCUCAUCAAAAAUUGACGGAGAUAGUGGUAAAAGAUUAGCAUGUGGAAUAAUAGCAAGAUCAUCGGGUCUCUUCCAAAAUGUCAAGAAAAUUUGUGCUUGCAGUGGUCUGACAUUGUGGGAUGAACGUGACAAGAGCGUUUCAGACCAGAAAAGUGGAAUUCCGCCCACCACUAACAAUUCAGUAUGCAUUAUUUUUUGAUAAAUUUAUUCAAUCUUUACUAUCGCUGUACCUAAGCUUUGCUAUAAAAAGUAUUAAAAUAUUUUAAAUCUACCUCUCUGCUAUGAAUUUCCACAAUAAUUACUCCUAAUGAUAUCAUUUAAAUUUGAUCGUUUUUCAUUCCAGUGAACAAUUAUGGGUAAACCAGGAGGCUCAAUAGCUCUUUGGAGAAAAAAAUUGAUCAAACUUUCACAAAAUAAUUGAUAAUUAAUAUUCCACAACUGGACAUAUUUUUGAUAAUAAUGACUAUGAUAAAAGAAGUUCAAUAUCAUUUUAUAAAA